AGCUACAUCGCUUUAAUUAUACCCGAAGGAUGAAGAAAUAUAAAGAAUGCGCACCUAUAACCAGCCGCGCGAGCAAGUCGCGAAACGCUUGGAUCCAUAGCUUCCGUUAAACACGGGAACUAGGAAAAAUGAAGGCUCAAAACAUCCUUGCUGUGAGCGUUCUUGGCUGUUCGUUCGGAUUGUGUCAAGAUAAUGUGAACUGGAUCUCCGUGAACGAGGACAACCCAUCCUUUAGCCUGUCUUCCUCUAAUAUCUCCUACCAAUUCCACGUCGAUCCGUUAACAUUGGACUUGGUCCACGAUCAUUGGGGCGCAUACGCAGCUGAAACCGUUCCAGAUUUUGACGGCGUGAUAUCUGGAUGGGGUGGACCAUACACCUACCGUCGACGCGAGUUUCCUGACCUUGGCCGUGGCGAUUUUCGAGUGCCGGCGAUCCAUAUUCAACAUUCUGAUGGUGAUACCGUCUCGGCGUUUUCCUACACGGGCUAUGAUGUUAGUGCUGGUAAGCCGUCCCUGCCUGGUUUGCCAGCCACGUUCGGCGGCGAGGGAGAUGUAUCAACACUUAUCGUACAUUUAUACGAUAACUACUCGAAUAUCUCGGCCGAUCUAUACUACUCUAUAUUUCCCCGAUAUAAUGCAAUCGCACGCAGCUUCCGAAUCACAAACAAUGGCAGUCAAGAUGUAACCAUUCUAAGAGCUAGUAGUUGGAGUGUGGAUAUGCCAAAUGAGGAGCUAGAAAUGAUUGAUCUUCAUGGUGACUGGGCAGCGGAGACGCGCAUCAAUAGACGGUCGGUCGUUUAUGGGGAACAAGGCUUUCGAUCUUCAGUAGGCUACUCGUCGCAUUUUCAUAACCCCUUCCUUGCUUUGGCGCCUCCAAGUACUACCGAAUCGCUCGGCCCCGCUAUUGGUUACUCUCUGAUUUAUACUGGUUCAUUCUCGGCCGAUGUUGAGCGCUGGUCUACUGGCUGGGUUCGAGUUCUUCUUGGUCUCAAUCCCUUGCAUCUGUCAUGGCCCGUAGCUCCAGGAGAUACAUUUACCUCGCCCGAGGUAGUUUCUGUCUAUUCUGAACAUGGGUUAGGCGGAAUGUCCCGGUCUUUCCACUCGCUUUAUAAGAACCAUUUAUCCCGAUCAAAUUACACAUUCGAGACUCGACCGCCAUUGUUAAACUCUUGGGAGGGUCUUGGUUUCGAUUUUAACCAGACUUCGAUGGUUAAUCUGGCCGAACAGGCGGCGGAGCUUGGUUGUACCUUGUUUGUCAACGAUGACGGAUGGUUUGGUACGGAUUAUCCACGCAACAAUGACAGUCUAGGUCUUGGCGACUGGACCCCUAACCCAGCUAAAUUUCCCGAUGGCCUCGGUCCUUAUGUUGAGCAGGUAGACAACAUUACUAUCAAGAACUCAUCGGAGCAUAUGGAAUUCGGAUUAUGGGUUGAGCCUGAAAUGGUCAACCCCGACUCGGAUUUGUAUAAACAGCACCCAGAAUGGUGUAUGCACGCGGGCACCCACAAUCGUACAUUGCAAAGGAAUCAACUUGUCUUGAACCUCGGCCUUUCAGAAGUUCAGGAGUAUAUCAUUACAGUCAUAGAGAGAAUCCUAGAUUCUGCUCCUAUUCGGUACAUUAAAUGGGACAAUAAUCGUGGUAUGCAUGAGAUGCCAUCCCCUUCCGCAAACCACGCCUACAUGCUAGGAUUAUAUCGUGUUAUUGAUAAUCUCACGACUGCGCAUCCUGAAGUCUUGUGGGAAGGAUGCGCCUCUGGCGGGGGAAGAUUUGAUCCCGGGUUGCUUCACUAUUGGCCACAGAGUUGGACAAGCGAUGACACGGACGGCUUGGAGCGCCUGUACAUUCAAUUUGGGACGUCAUAUCCUUAUCCUCCCUCAUCUAUGGCUUGCCAUGUAAGCGCCGUCCCGAAUCAUCAAACUGGUCGGACCACCCCCUUGGCUUUCCGAGCAGCUGUAGCCUCUAUGUGCGGAUCUUUUGGCUUCGAGUUAGAUCCUUCCACGCUAGACCAAGACGAACUCGACGCGAUUCCAUCACUCAUUGCUACUCAACAGAAGAUUAAUCCUAUUGUGAUCAAUGGCGACUUCUAUCGUCUGGCGCUUCCUGAUCAAUCUAACUGGCCUGCAGCAAUGUUCGUUUCCCCAGAAGCUGAUUCGGCCGUUUUAUUCGCCUUCCAGAUUCGCUCUGCAUUGAAGCCGAUACCCCCUCCCCUAAAGUUACAGGGUUUAGACGCAAACGCCAAGUACAAAGUCGGCAAUGGGACUUGGGAACAAACAUGGUACGGAUCGACUCUGCUCAAUGUUGGGCUCAGUCUGGGUUGGCCACAGGCGGACUAUCAAAGCAUUAUCCUAACACUUGAUAAGCAGUAAAUAAAUUAACAAAGCAUGCUCAUAUAAUAAGCGCUUAUUCGAUAUCGGAGUAAACUUCUAAGACCGUAUAACGAGACCUUGCCUAUCCCCGUCGUAUUCAUUCCUGGCCCACGCCCCCUCACAACUUCCUUUAUAGGGAUUUCCAGUCAAAUGCCUUUUCCCAUGCGGCGGCAACCUUCAGGCAAGUAGCAUCGCCAUAUUUGCGGCCUACUAUUUGCACCGCCGUGGGAAGCUUCACGCUUGGGUCCUCACGAGCAGGGACAAACCCAACUGGCAGCGAAAGAGCAGGAUGACCUGAAUCUAU